CUGAAAUCUGUUCCACCCCUAUAAAAGAGGGUCCUGUGCCCUCCCGGUUUAAUAAACCUUUAAGGACACUAGCUCCCGCCUCUUAAGAGUGACGUUUUGAGCCUCCUCCUGGAAGAGGUGCUGACCCCGCCUCUUCCGGGUGAUAGGCAAGCCCCACCCCCUAGUGUGCGGAGCCAUCCCUGUGACGUAAUGGUAACGGUCCGUUUCCGGGGAGGAGCCAGAGAAGGCGGGAGUUUAGGCUGCGCCAACCCCUCAGCCCCCCUCCAGUGCCUCCCAAAUCUCCAAUCCCACCCCGUCCCGAGUGGCAAUUGGUCUGGGGAGCACCUGCCUCGAUUACCUGGAGACAGUCGGAGCCCAGGACAUGCCCGGAUUGCGGAGAUACGAAGUGGCGCUGGAGGCGGAAGAGGAGUAAAAUGCUCACAGAUAAAAGGUAUGGGAGAAGGAGCGGAGAGAAGCAAAUAUCAGCUGAGAAGCAUGAAGGAGCUGUUUUUACCCACCAGCAUCCUCAUGCUGCUGCUGCUACUCCUGAGCCCAGACCCUGGAGCAGCAUCGCUACUGCAGCCCAUCACUACCUGCUGUACGCAGCUCUACAGACGGCCACUCCCAAACAAGAUACUGAGGAAGGUCAUCUGGGUAGAACUGCAGGAGGCUGAUGGGGACUGUCACCUCCAGGCUUUUGUGCUUUACCUGACUGAGCGCAGUGUCUGUGUCCACCCCAAGAAUCGCAGCCUGAUUCAGUGGCUUGAGCGCCAUGGGAAAAGGUUCCAGGGGACUCUGCGCAACCCAAAUCUGGGGCUGUGAGAGGAAAUAGUCUGGAGCUGCCAAUACCCGAAAUAAUAAAGCAUCAGUGGACACAAUCUCA